AUGGGCAGCAUCGAGUCCAAGAGCCAGAACGCAGAGACCGCUACAGCCAGCAAAGCAGCAGAACAGGAAAAUGGGCAUGUGAAGACAAACGGGGAUGCUGUGCAGAAGCCGAAUGGGGAUGCUGCUGCUGAAUCCAAUGGCUCUGCGGAGCCAGUUGCCGAGGAGGCGGGAUCUGGGGAGACUAUUGAACAAGCCCCACCUGCCAAUGGAGAUGCCAAACCAGAGGAGCCCCCAGGAAAGCAGGGAAAGAAAAAGAAGUUCUUCAAGAAGCCGUUUAAGCUGCCUUUCCGCAAAAACAAAAAGGAGGCUGCUGAUGCUGCUGCAGCUGCAGAGGAGAGCCCAGCUGGGGAGGAGGCUGCUUCCCCCAAGGAAGAAAAUGUUGACAAGGCAGAGGAACCACAAAGCGAAAAUGUAGCAGAGUCUGCCAGCGCCCCUGAGGAUGCCAGUACCACCUCUGCGGCUGCACCUGAAGAAGCUCCUGCCACUCAGCCUGAGCCUGCUGCCGCCCCUGCUGAGCAGAGUGAACCCCAACCCAGUAAGGAGCCAGCUGCUGAGCCCCCCAAGGAGGAGUAG